CCACAAGGACCAGUUUGGUGUGCCACCCCAAAGAUUCCUCUGGCCCCGUCUGGCCACCCCUAUCAAAAUUUUCUGGAGGCGCCCCUGCUGAUCUCCCCUCCGUUUUGUAACCAGAUGGUAUGACCCUGCUUUUUCUCGCUUCUGAUUGGUUGAAGGGCGUCACUACAUCUUUUAGCCUGGGCUUAGUGGUGUAGCCUAGCUCAUUAUCGUGAGUUUUAUAAAGCUUACAUUAAUUUAUUUCAGAUGGCUAUGUGAUGGAUAAUGACUCAUCAGUUACGUGAACCCGCAGCGGACGUGUUUCAUCGCUACUGUAAAGCUAACAAUCAUGUGGAGACAGCAGCUCCAGGAUGCUACAGUAGCUCUGUCUUGUUUAAGAGAAAAUAAUGAACAGCAGAACACCAUUCCUGAGAUCAACCCCAGAGAUGGACUUAGGAGACUGGAUGUUCAGCAGAUGGUGCUGAUCAAAGAAGAAGCUCCUGAAGAAUGGAGGCUCGAUGUGGACCAAGAGGAGCCCGACCCAAUCCACAUAAAAAAGGAAGAGGAGGAGGAGGAAAUUUGGACCAGUCUGGAGGGCGAACCUGCAAAUGUGAAGGUGGAGAUGGAUGACACCGAGCUUAUGUGCUCUGCAGUUCCUCUAAGUACUGGAGACAAUGAAGAGAGAACGAGAAUCCACAACCAAGGACUGUUUGCUUGUGAUUUUUGUGGACAAAGAUUUACCAAAAGAAUACUUUUAAGCAAACACAUGAUAAUCCACACGGAACCGAAGGUUUUUGGUUGUGAUGUAUGUGGACAGAAAUUUGGACGCAAAGAAAAUUUAAACAGACACAUAAUAAUCCACACAGGAGAUAGACCGUUUGCUUGUGAUUUUUGUGGACAGAAAUUUACUCAAAAGACAAAUUUAAAGAAACACAUGAGAGUCCACACAGGAGAAAGACCGUUUGCUUGUGAUUUUUGUGGACAGAAAUUUGCCCAAAAGACAACGGCUAACAAACACAUGGAGACCCACACAGGGCAGAAACGGUUCGACUGUGACACUUGUGGACAAAGAUUUACCCAAAAGGCAAGCCUCGUCAAACACAAAAGAAUCCACACCGGAGAGAAACCAUUUUCUUGUGACGUGUGUUCACAUCGAUUCACCCAAAAGGCAAGCCUCGUCAAACACAAGAGAAUCCACACGGGAGAGAAACCAUUUCCUUGUGAAGAGUGUGGACAAAAAUUUGCUCGAAAGACAACUUUAGUCACACAUCAGAGAAUCCACACGGGAGAGAAACCGUUUGCUUGUGACGUCUGCACACGGAGGUUUAACCAAAGAGGACACUUAAAUGCACACAUGAAAAGCCACACAGUUCUCCCUGCAGAUGUUCAAGUGGUGCUGAUUGAAGAAGUUCCUGAGAAUCGUGGGCCUGAAGUGGACCAGCAGGACCCAGAGCUCCUCCACAUCAAGGAGGAAGAGGAGAAACCCAGGUCCAGUCCAGAGGGAGAGCAGCUCAGUGGGAAGGAGACUGAUACCACAAGGUUGUCAUUCACUGUAGCUCCUUUGAAGAGUGAGGAUGAUGAAGAGAAAUCUAUGUUGUCACAGCUUCAUCACCAACAAAUGGAAGAAGGAAGUUUUCAAGCCAACAGCACAGCUCAUCAGAUGAAAGCAGAAGCUGUUGAAGAGGACUCCAGAGAAGUGGAGACUACAAUGAAAUCAGAUCUAAAGGCGCCCGAACAUGAAUCCGACUCAUCAGAGACUGACGUCAGUGAGGGCGAAGAAGAGGUCGAAGAUGUAAACAUCCCUGAAUCAGCUCAAGCACUCACUGUGUGGGCCAGAAACUGAAACUAAUGACGACUGGAAGGAACGCAGAGCUAUCGAAAUGAGUUUAAACACUGUUACCAGAUCCAUCAUCUGCUCUGAAUGUGGUAAGCUGUUUGUUAAUGUUGGCCCGUCUAUUCUUAGAUCAUGUGACGAGUCAUUCAACGAUGAGAAUUAGAAUCCACAUUGGGAAAGUUGUGACGUGUACACAGGAAUAGGCCAAAUUUUGAACAUUAAGCCCUAAUAAUGUGGGCAUCAAGCUCUUAUUGAUGUCCCUCUGAGAAUUUGUGCAACACUUGAACUGAAAAUUAUAGGUAAAGUUAACCGAGAACGUUUUUUUUUUUUUUAUUGCUCAGUCUGGGUUUCACAUAGCCUGGCAAGCCAGACUAAAUAAAUGUAUUAUUUAGUGGCCACGCUCCAUUGACGGCUCUUGGUUGUGGGGCGGGUUCUACCGUUGUCUUUCAAAUGAUCUCCGCAUUCCACUGGACAAAGAAUGUGACAUACUCUUGUUUCACUCUGUUGCAUCAUCCCACCCACCAGGCAUAUAGAGUGCCCUGAUUGGCCCACAAAGCAGAUAAAGCUCUGAUUUGUUCACUAAGCAGAUAGAGCACUAUGAUUGGCCCACCAUUAUGGACCAAUCACAGCUCUUUAUGUGUUUGAAACCCCUCUAGAGAGCUGUGAUUGGCUAGCCAGAGUCCUGGUAGGAGCUGCUGAGGUUCCAAUGGAGCAUGCCUAGACCAUUCUUUGCAAAGCAAGAAUUUGGUCUAGUUCACUAGGCUAGGUUUCACAGAAACGUGAAAAUAAUCCACCCGAUCUCCUGUAUCAGCUCCAGAUAGAAAAUAGACGGGGAAAAACGUGGGUCAGAAAAAGCCACACAGAUCAACGUCACACUUUAAAUUAGCGUUCAUGGACUCAUCCGUCUUGGUUCACGGCUGCGAAGACUGUUGCUGGUUUAGCAUUCAGGAGAGAGCAGAGCAUGUCUCGGCUAGUAGAAGCUAACUGUUAGCAUUAGCAACUACACAACAUGGUAGAAGUCCUUCAGACUUGAGUUAUUUGUAGAGCUAAAACAACACUGCAGAGCAAACUGAGGCAGCGGUUGAGUCGUGUUGCUGUUGGACCAUCAGACGCGACCAUGGGUGACGCCAGGCCGUAGCUCGGGGUUGCUAAAGCAACAGCCUGAUUAGGUGAAGCAAUGGUUUAGCAAUCCCAACUCUGGACCCCCCACCCCCCAAAAUCCGCACCAAUGAGGGGCGUGCUUGUUCGUGUUUAGGCUCCACCCCCGCUCUUCAUUUGGUGCCGAUGGAGAACAGCGACCCCAUACACUCACUGAGCAGCAGUAAAGCAACUGCAGGUAGAAAUUCCUGGCGCUGCCUCUGGAGGUGAGAUGUUCGCGUGUCAGGAAAUAAGACUCCAAAGUCUGCUGUCUUCUGCCACCUCUGCUCUGGCUAACUUCUAGUUCCUGAAACUGUAGCGCCAGAGCUUUUUUUCCGCUGAGAUAGACUCACAAGGCAUUGAUUUAUACUAGAAACCACUGCAUACGUGUAGAAAAAAAACGAGUGAACGUGGUCUUCGAGAUUUCGCAGAGUUUUCUUUUGAUUUUUCACAUCUAAAUGCUAAAGAUUAAUAUAAUUUUUCUGUUUAUUUAUGAAAGAGGCUCUUCAGAACAGUUGCGACUAAUCUGUUUAUGUAUUUAUUUUGUCACACACAGACAGUCUCAACAGGUACACGCAUGUGAGUGAAAGUGUUACCUGAGAACUUUGGGGCUGGUGUGCCUGAGGACAACAGAUGGUCCUUUAAUUCUGCACUUGUGUUCUUGUGGAAAUGUUAUGAACACUGAAUUAGUCUGGAGGUCAAUGGUUUCCUCAUGAGAUGAGGUGUUCUGUCCUUUAUGCUUUAUGAUUUUUUAAAUAAAAACAUAAAUGUUAGUAAAAACAUUCAUGAAGACUUCUUUAACAUGAGCCUGGACAUGUAGGGAUGAGCAUGUGGUCUGAUGCUGUUGGUCUCAUUGUGAAAACGAAUUGUCUUCUGCAGGAAAUACGGGUUUAAUCACAUCUAUUAUCAAAGCUAUCAAUGUUAUGAUUAUUAAUGAUGUCAUAGUGGUCUCUGUGAACAUUUGCAUCUAUUGGUGGUUGUAGGAUUUUAUCCUGGGUACUAUGAAACUAAUGAAAUGUCAGUCAGACCCCCACCGACCCCUGAAAUCUCAGAAAGCCACGCUUGCAACUUCAGGCUGGUCCCUGCUGGUGGAGUGGAGCUGGAGUCUGCUUCCAGCACGUUUCCUGCGUGCUUUAGAUCGUGAACGCAGCCAAUAUGCUUGAUUUAGUGAUGGGUUGCACGUCUAGGAAAUAAUGACAUUUCAGCAGUGAGAUUGAGCUGUUAAAAAGACAAACUCACAGCGAUGAGAAGAGUUUAAUUUUUUGCUUUGAUCACAGAUAAUUAAUAAGACACUAGGGGGUGCUAAAAGCAAGCAAAACUGCUUAGUAUCUCUUUAAAGAGCAAGUCACUUCAAAUCAACAUUUUUUUUGCUGAUAAACUAUAUAAAUGAGUGUCUGAUGGUGCUGUUGGCAAAUGUAGUCAAUAAUUCAGCAUUUUAGUUCUUCUUAGUUAAAAUUUAAAUAUUUUGCCUAAAACUGUCAGUGUUGUGCCGUUGUCAGGUAAAAACUCUGCACAGCAUUUGCAUUUAAAUCUGCCAUUGCUAUUGGCUAAGAGGUACACUAUGAUGUUAGAUGAUACAUUAUGAUGUCACAAUGUCGUGAGUGUGUGUAUUUGUUAGUGGCUCCGCCCUCUUGGUCUGCUAGGCAACAGCAUUUGUUGCUUUUUUCAAACAGGAAGUGGGAGUUGAGUAAGAAUCUUUAAAGAGCAAGUCACCCCCUACCAGAUUCUUACUUCACUCCCACUUCCUGUUUGAAAAAUGCAGCAAAUGCUGUUGCUUGGCAGACCGAGAGGGCGGAGCCGCUAACAAAUACACACAUACACAGGCUCACAAUGGCAUUAUGACAUCAUAAUAUACCAGAUGACAUCAUAGCAUACUUCUUAGCCAAUAGCGGUGGCAGAUUUAAAUUCAAAUACAGUGCAGAAUUUUUCCCUGACGACGGCGCAACACUGACAGUUUUAGGCAGAAUAUUUGAAUUUUAACUAAGAUGCACUGAACUGCCAAAUUAUUGACUACACGUGUCUGUAGCAUGAUUAGACACUCCUUUAUAUAGUUUAUCAGCACAAAAAAAUGUGAUUUUUUUGAGUAUUACUCCACUCCCACUUCCUGUUUGAAAAAUGCAACAAAUGCUGUUGCCUAGCAGACAGAGAGGGUGGAGCGGCUAACAAAUACACACGCGCACACACACAGGCUCACAACAACAUUGUGACAUGAUAUGGUACCAGCUAACGUUCUAGGGUACCUCUUAGCCAAUAGCGAUGGCAGAUUUAAAUUCAAAUGAAGUGCAGAGUUUUUACCUGACAAUGGCACAACACUGACAGUUUUAGGCAGAAAAUUGAAAUUUUAACUAAAAUACACUAAAGUGCAAAACUAUGCGUGUCUGCAGCACGAUUAGACACACAUUUAUGUAGUUUUAUCAGGAAAAAAAUGAUUUGGGGAUGACUUGCUCUUUAAUGUUCAGAAACCCUUUCACAGAAAUAUUUAUUUUUUAUUCAGCAUGCAGAUGAUCUGAAUAUUUUCUAGAAGAAUGAGUACGAGCUGUUGGGUUGGGUUGUGUGACACAAACGGUGAUGGCCAUGAAAAUGCUGUGCAUUCCAUUCAAAAUGUUGACGUAAACAUAGAUAUUGGUGAAUAUGGGUUGGUAGGGUAAAAAUCAAUUGUCUCGUUAAACUCUGAUUUAACCGAUCUGAUAGUUUCUUUGUCAUUGUUUAAUAUAGUUUUUUGUCCAGUCUCAGACACAAAGUGUCUUAGAGGGACUUCUAACAAGGUCAGGAUCAUCAGUUGGCUUCCACACAUGAAGCAUGCUUGUUGCAUUUCAUAAACUCAACAGUAGAUGUCAGCGUGUGUUUAGAAAUCAGCUGGGCACUGCACGUGCUGACAUGCAUUCUGCACAGAAGCUGUCUGGAAAACCUUGUUGUUGUGAUUGAGAAUGCCCGCCCCCUCCUGCUCACUCAUGCAGUGGUUUGAUUGACCGAGUUAUACUCCAUUAAAAUUGAAGACUGAAAGUGGGUGUGACUUGUGUUGAUGAUUAAACUCAUGCUGACAUCCCCGUGAUGCUGAUAAGUUGAUGAAAAGUCACACAAGUCCUCUGGUGAAGCCAAACCCGGUCCUGAGCAUCUGAUCUACUGCUGGUCUGGAGUUUAGCUGAACGUUCAUCAUGUCUGCAAGCAACCAAAUCUUCGACGAGGAAAGGAGCGACAUUCCUGAUCUCCUGAAGGCCUUAGCCGACUACUCCUUCCCAUUCUCUGCCUUUGACGACAUUGGUGAGAAUAUUUCAUUUCGAGUUUUCUGUAUUUGUUAAAACCAAAACACUGAGCCACAUUUAAUUUUUUACACACAUUUAGCACUUGUAACUUAUGAGUAACUUUAAAAAGAUUUGUAAUGUAACUAAAAAUAAACACUUUUUUCAAGUAUU